GUUUGCUUUGCUCGCUCGCACUCACAACCACAACACAACGCGGCAGAGCGAAGAGAAGGGGCAAAAGAGAAAGAAGCGCUUAUCGAACUCGGACGGAAGCACUGAGUUGACUCGGAGGGAGUGGAAAGUGUUGUUGCGUAAUGUCUGGUGGUAUCGCUCGUGGACGCCUCACCGAGGAGCGCAAGUCGUGGCGGAAGAACCAUCCCCAUGGUUUUGUUGCGAAGCCGGAGACGCUGCCCGAUGGAACCGUGAAUUUGAUGGUGUGGCAUUGCACUAUUCCCGGGAAGACUGGGACUGAUUGGGAGGGUGGCUACUUCCCACUUACGCUGCACUUUAGUGAAGACUACCCUAGCAAGCCUCCAAAGUGUAAAUUCCCACAAGGUUUCUUCCACCCUAAUGUUUAUCCUUCUGGGACUGUUUGCUUGUCUAUACUUAACGAGGAUAGUGGGUGGAGGCCAGCCAUAACAGUUAAGCAAAUUCUCGUGGGCAUCCAAGACUUACUUGACCAGCCAAAUCCUGCUGACCCUGCCCAGACAGAAGGCUAUCAUCUAUUCAUCCAGGAUGCAGCAGAGUACAAGAGAAGGGUCCGCCAGCAGGCAAAGCAAUAUCCACCUCUUCUCUAGGGUUGCAUCAGCUAAAUUUAUGAACUAUUUUUACUAUGGCAGAUGUUUCUUCUUUUGUCCCGUGUUAAAACUGUGUUGUCAUUGUGAUUAAUGGCUGCCAUAACAUUAAACAUGAAUGUUUUAGCUAUUUAUGAUUACUCCCAGAUCUGGAAGAAGUGUUAAUAUAUAAAAAAAAUGUGAAAGUCAACCAAUGAAUACUUGUUGGUGACAUGUUUCUGAUGUUUGCUGCUACAUUUUUAUAUGAAUGGAUCAUUACUAUAAGUCUAUAAUAAAUUACAUUACUACCUUCUCUGGAACA